AUGAAACCAUCUACUCCCGUAAGUACAAUUUCGUCUUUGGAUGCAAAUAAUGCAGGAACUGCUGUUCAAAGUGGUCCGUAUACAAAAGCUCAAUUUCAAAAUACUAUGGAAGGUAGUCGAAGUGUAAAAAAUAUUAAAGAAGUUGAACAAUUACUUCGUGAUUAUCCAGCUGCAUUAGAACUUUUUCGAACAGGAAGAUAUAAAGUUAAAGUUAAAUAUGAAGCUGAUGUUGAACGUGUUAUACUUGUUGAAAAACGAUCAAGCAAAAUAGCAUCAAAUAAUGAAACAAAAACAAAUAGUAUUCAACAAAAUAAUCAAUCUUAUUUCAAUGCAGCAACAAAUUUAGAAAAAAUGAAAGAAGAUAUGAAACAAGAAAGAGAUUUCGAACGAUCACGUAGUCGUACACAUUCACGAGAUCAUGUUGCAUCAAUAACAUCAAUAACAGAUAAUAAUACGUUGACUCAAGCAACAACAUCUUCAAAGCGUAUGACAAGUAAUAUUCAACCUAAAGUUGAUCAUUAUCGAACACCAUCUCAAGAUCAGGAAGUUUCAAUCACAUCACAAUCCAGACAGCAGCAGCAGCAACAACAACAACAACAACAACACUAUACUAAUCAUGGUACGAAUUCACGAGAUAGUCCUUUAAAUGUAUCACAAUUGAAGCAUAAAGGAAAAAGAAGUAAUCGAGAUAAUCCAAGAGCGUUAGUACCUUAUGUAGCUAAUGGUAAUCAACCUCAAAGUAUGUGGCCACAAUCACGACCUGUUCAACAUUAUUAUAGCAACCCUGUAUUACCACAACAUAUGCAACCAUCAAAUAAUUAUAUGCAUCCAACAUUUUUACCUCAACCAAAUUCAAUGUAUCAACAACCAUAUUAUUAUGGUCAACCACCUCUUCCUGCUCUAGCUUAUCAACAACCAUCUAUUUAUCCAGCAACAUCAGCAGUAAAAUCAAUAAGAAAUAUUGGCAAUUCAAAUAUUCAUUCAACACAUAAUCAUCCAUCAUCAUCUCAUACUAAACAUAAUUCAAAUAGAGGUGUUACACUUCCUACAUCAUUUCAUACAUUUUAUCCAGAUCAACAACAAUAUCAAUCUGCUCAGCCUAUAAAUCAAUCACAAAUACCAAUGCAAAUGCCUGCUCCAUGGUCAACAACGAAUCCUAGACGAGCAGGUCCAGUUGUCAAUAAUGAUGAUAAUGAUGCUCCUAUAGAAAAUCGACGAAAUUCGAAAUAUCGUGCUCAUAGUGUUGAUACAGGUCCUCGUAGUCAACCUCCAGUAAAUUAUUACAAUCAACCACAACAACAACAACAACAACAACAACAACAACAACAACAACAACAACAACAACAACAACAGCCUCCUCCCCCUAUGGCUAUUGAAAGUCAUCAACAUUAUCAUCAUUAUCAUCAUCAACAUCGAUCUCAUCCAACAAAUGUAUCAGUUAAUAAUACUAUUGUUCCAUCGGUAGAACCUGUUAAAGAACAACAUAUUCCAUUAAAAGAAACACCAAAAGCAGUAGUUAAUAAUGGUAGCAGUGGUGAUAGAUUAACUAUUCGUCAACUAAAUGAAAUUUUUCUUCGAACUGAUCCAUCAGGUCGAUUACAAUAUAAUUUAUUACCUAAUAUUUUACAACGUUUUGGCAUAUCAUUAACAGAAAAUGAUAUAACUUCAGCUGCACGUGAUCUUCAGUAUAAUACUAACGAACCAGUAUCUGCUCGACGUCUAGUACAUAUUUUAGUUAGAUUAGGUAAAAUAGCAAAAUCAACACAUCAACCAAACCAACAACAACAACAACAACAACAACAACAGCAGCAGCAGCAGUACCAAUAUCAACAAUCUGCUAUGUCACCAGCCAUGUUACCUGAAGAUCGUGAAGUGACUGAUAUUAUGACACAACAUAGAUUAGUUGGGGCUGCAUCAACGCAUAUACAUUCAUCAACAUAUCCUAAUCAUUGGUAUUAA